CUUCGUCCUCUGUUUUCAACCCAAAAGCACAGCAUUUCAUUUCAAUUUCCAAGCAUGGAUAAGAAGAAGAAGCAGAAGCACACAUGGAACAAAGCAAAACAGCAAUCGACCAUGGAGAAGAAGAAGAAAAAGAAGAAGAAGCAACAGCAGAAUGAGAAUCACAAGAGCAAGAGCAUUCACGACACUCUCCCUCUUGAGCUGAUUCACAGAAUCUUACUUAGGGUUCCGCUCAAACAUCUCGGUCGCCUCAAGUGCGUUUCGAAGCUUUGGAACACUCUCAUUUCCGAUCCACACUUUGCGGAAUCGCAUGUUCACCUCUCUGCCGCACCCACCCAUGUAUGCCUCUUCAUAAAUGACUACUCCAAGGCUUGCUCCGUUGACAUUGACGCAGUAUUUCACGGCUACAAGCAUGGUACUGCAGUAAAAGAGGCCAUCAGAAUCAGAAGAACGAUGUCAUACAAGGAAAGAGAACUAGGAGAGAAGGACUCAACAACAGAGACACUUAAUUAUGUUGUAAAUAAAGUGUAGGACCAGCAAGUUCAGCUGGAAGAAGCUUCUAGAGAAUUUUGUUUUAUUUUGAUUUUGCAUUAAAGUAUGAUUUUCUUUCCAACUAUGAAUGAAACAUUUGAAAGUGCAGAUACAGUUU